AUGGGCCGCUACAGCAGCUGCAGCGGUGCGGUGUAUACGGGCCAUUUUCGGAAGAACCAAUUCCAUGGAGUUGGCGACUACAAGUGGCCCGAUGGUCGAGAAUAUCGCGGCACGUGGAAAGAUGGGUUCAUGCAUGGUUACGGCAUGUACCUGUACUUCUCUGUCGGAGCGGACAAGCGCUUCAUGGGCUUCUCGAUGAAUGGCAAGUUCGCAUCUGGAGCUGCUGAGCAAGAGGAGGCCACAAUGAAGGCUUUCCUGCAGGAGUAUGGCGCUCAAUGCGUCCAGAGCGCAACAGCAGCUUUUCGAGAAAUGGCAGAGAAGACCGCUGCUGAUGGCGUGCCAGCAGACUUCCUGAUUGCCAAGGACGCCGAUGGCAAAGCCGAGAAGGUCUUGGAGGACAUGGUGGCUGCGCCAUAUCCGGACGCUUCCGCGGCAACGCAGGCUUCACUGCAAGCCUUCGCAGCACGGUUGUCUGCAGAAGAACAGCCCCUGCAGGUCUCCGUGUACACCGGCCUGACUAACAAGAAGUUGGUCUUGCCGCUGAGCGAGGAGUCGACGUUUUCUUGUCUGGGAACAGAAGACGUACACAUGGACGGCGCCAGACUGAAGCACACCCAGCUGCAAGUGGCUGGCCAAGCCGUGGAGUUCUUCUCAGAGGCGGAAACCGCUGGAGCUCUACGGGCCGUGGUGCUUCUGAACACGGCGUCCGAGUUCGAAUGGGAAGCAGCCAAAUGGAAACUUGUACACUGUGAGAGCGCAUGA